UUCCUCCUGAAGCUGCCCUUCUCUGAUGUCGCUUUUACUCGAUGUUCCUUCUCCCCCGGCUGUUGCAGGACUUGACUGGUGGCAGAGAUGAGGCUUCCACGGGCCUGAGUGAAGAGCAGAAGGAGUUUCAGAAAGUGGCCUUUGACUUUGCCUCCCGGGAGAUGGCCCCUCACAUGGCAGAGUGGGACCAGAAGGAGCUGUUUCCAGUUGAGACGAUGAGGCGGGCAGCCCAGCUUGGCUUCGGCGGGAUCUACGUGAAGCCUGACGUGGGCGGGUCGGGGCUGACCCGGCUUGAUACCUCCGUCAUCUUCGAGGCCUUGUCCACGGGCUGUACCAGCACCACGGCAUAUAUAAGCAUCCAUAAUAUGUGUGUGUGGAUGAUUGACACUUUUGGAAAUGAAAAACAGAGGCACAGAUUCUGCCCACCGCUCUGCACCAUGGAGAAGUUUGCUUCCUACUGCCUGACGGAGCCAGGAAGUGGGAGUGAUGCAGCAUCCCUGUUGACCUCAGCAAAGAGGCAAGGUGACCAUUACAUCCUUAAUGGCUCAAAGGCCUUCAUCAGCGGCGGCGGAGAAUCGGACACUUACGUGGUCAUGUGCCGGACUGGGGGCCCCGGUCCUAAGGGCAUCUCCUGCCUGGUUGUUGAGAAGGGGACUCCUGGACUCAGUUUUGGCAAGAAGGAGAAGAAGGUCGGGUGGAACUCUCAGCCCACCCGAGCGGUGAUCUUUGAGGACUGCCCCGUUCCCGUGGCCAACAGGAUUGGAGCCGAGGGCCAGGGCUUCCUCAUCGCCAUGAAGGGAUUGAACGGAGGGAGGAUUAAUGUCGCCUCCUGCUCCCUGGGGGCCGCCCACGCUGCCGUCGUCCUGGCCAGGAACCACCUCAAUGUCCGGAAGCAGUUUGGGGAGCCACUGGCCAGCAACCAGUACCUGCAGUUUAAACUGGCCGACAUGGCGACUCGGCUGGUGGCGUCACGACUCAUGAUCCGGAAUGCGGCCGUGGCCCUGCAGGAAGGGCGGGAGGAUGCCGUGGCCCUGUGUUCCAUGGCGAAGCUCUUUGCCACGGACGAGUGCUUCACGAUCUGCAACCAGGCCUUGCAGAUGCACGGCGGCUACGGCUACCUGAAGGACUACGCGGUUCAGCAGUAUGUGCGGGACUGCAGGGUUCACCAGAUUCUGGAAGGUUCCAAUGAAGUAAUGAGGAUGCUGGUGUCUCGAAGUCUGCUUCAAGAGUAGAGGCCGGAGAGGGUCUCCGGGCUCGGGGCCCACUGAACCACGCACUGUUGGCGGGGCCCGCUACACAACCCGGGAGGGAAGGCUGGGCUGGCUUAAUUACUGCGGGGCCUUUCUCCUCACAGCGUGUGCGGCCUUCAGCUCUCCCCAGGGACAGCCAGAGCUGCUCCUCUGGGGAAGAGCCAUGUGUCCAGAGAAAUAGAUGUCCACCAGAACCAAAGUCUCUAUUUUUCCAACAAGCAGCUUCACUCAAAAAAAAUCGCGUGAGAAACUCCUCGCUUCCCGCUCGCCUUCAUGCCUCGAUACUGGCAAAACUCUGAGUGUCGCGGGUCGCGAGUCACUUCUUCACCAAAGUCCUGCUGAUCUUAGUUUGCCAGAUUUCUGCAGCUGAGGACUCGCCCCACAGCUCCAGGGAAUUGAGGGUUUCCGGCAUGGGUUUUUCCCAAAGGGAGAAGCAAGGACCGGAGGUGUUAGUACAGUGCUCUGCACACAGUAAGCGCUCAAUAAAUACGAUUGAUUGAUUGAUUAAGGGAGACGAGGUCCUGCCAUCUGGCUCUAAGACUGUCAGUUAAAUGCACCCACCAUCUUUUUGAACGUACCUGCCCCCUCUCCUCCACUGUACCUGUAUCUACGUAGAUGGGAAUUUCGGGCAAAUCUUGCUCAUGGAUCUCUUGAGCAGGAGGGGUCUCUCUACUACCUUGGAUAAUCUGGAAUCAGUCAACCAAUCAAGCAGUCAGUGGUACUUAUUAAGUGCCUAUUGUGUGCAGAAUACCCUACUGAGCACUUAGGAAAGUGAUGUGGUUGCAACUGUGAUCAGUUUUACUAUUCUUCUUAAAUCAUUAAAAACUUGUUGGGGUAUGUCUGUGUUCUCUGAUCAGUUUUUCCUCGGUAUCCUGUUUUUACCUUAGAUGGUAUUUUUAUGAGUUGCUGGUCUUUUGAAAUAAAUCCCAGCUCUUUACGAUCUCUAACAUCAAAUAAACUGAUACUACUGAUCCCA